ACGCGGCCUAACGGCGCCACUGUUUGAAAAUUCCGACUCGUUGUCGUGUCUUGUGUUGUUUAAGUGUGACCGCAUUUUGUACAUUUUUUUCGCGUUUAUUUGGUUAGAAUAACUUUUGUUGUGAUUAUGGGGGUUCACGACUUAUGGUCCAUCGUCGAGCCGGUUCGUGAGUCGGUGCCACUGUACAGUUUGAGCGGAAAGACGCUGGCCGUUGACUUGAGUUUGUGGGUUUGCGAGGCUCAGCACGUCCAAGCGAUGAUGGGGAGAGUUACGAAGCCCCAUCUGAGGAAUCUGUUUUUCCGGGUGUCGUCCCUCACACUGAUGGGGGUGAAGCUCGUCUUUGUCGUGGAAGGAGAAGCUCCCAAACUUAAAGCAGAAACCAUAAGCAAGAGGACAGAAACCAGAUACGGAGGAUUCAAAAAAGCUUCUGCUCCAAAGUCGAAGCCAACAAGCACCAGCAGAGGGCGCUUUAAAGCUGUACUUCGAGAGUGUGCAGAGAUGUUGGACUGCCUGGGUGUACCGUGGGUGACAGCUGCUGGGGAGGCUGAGGCCAUGUGUGCGUACCUGGAUUCACAGGGUGUGGUGGACGGCUGCAUCACUAAUGAUGGCGACGCCUUCUUGUACGGCGCCCGGACUGUCUACAGGAACUUCAAUAUGAACAGCAAAGACCCUCAGGUCGACUGUUACCAGACUUCUCGAGUGCAAACAGAGUUACAUCUGUCCAGAGAGAACCUUGUUGGUCUGGGCAUUCUCCUUGGCUGUGAUUAUAUUCCCAAGGGCAUACCAGGUGUUGGCAAAGAGCAGGCCCUGAAGCUCAUCCAGACACUGAGAGGACAAACACUUCUGCAGAGGUUCAUCCGGUGGAGGGAGGAAAACCUAGGUGUGUCUGAAGGAGUUGUGAAGAAGGUUCCUCACUGCAACUUAUGUCGUCAUCCAGGCUCAGCGAAGGCACAUGAGCGCGGCGGCUGUUCACUUUGCAACAGCCAGCGAUUCUGUCAACCUCAGGACUUCGAUUACCAGUGUCCCUGUGACUGGCACCGCUAUGAGCAGACCCACCAGGCCUUGUCUUUUGAGGCAAACAUCAGGAGGAAAACUCUGGCAAGUCAACAGUUCCCUUUUACAGAGAUCAUUAGUGAGUUCCUGGUUUCCAAGGAUAAGCCUGUGUCACAUUUCAAGAGGAGACAGCCAAACAUGCUGUUGAUGCAGAAAUUUGCCUUUGACAAGAUGGAGUGGCCGAAGCAUUACACCAGCGAAAAGGUUUUAGUUUUGAUGACCUACACAGCGUUGAUGAACAGAAAAUACGGAAGAGAGAUGACCUCCCAAAUUAAGCCUAUUCGAAUAUUAAAACCAAGGGUGAGGAAUGCCAUUGCUUGCUUUGAAGUCAUCUGGAGUACACCAGAGCAUUAUGUGUUUCCUGAGGAUUGGCCUGCAGAGGAUCAACAUGAGGUGAGGACAGUGGAGGAACAGUCUCUGUUUCGUGUGGCCUACCCAGAGGUGGUGGAGAGCUAUCUGAGAAACAAAGCUCUGGCUGAGGAGAACAAGACCAAGAAGAAGAAACCAAAAAGUAAAAAGGAGAAGCCAUCAGAAGUCUCUGAUGGUAUUUCAGAUCUCUUGGCUCAGAUGACCCUUAAGAGUGUUUCAUCUCAACCAGAAACACUGAUUCCUACCAUUUCAAACACAGACGAACCAGAAGUAAUCAUUUUGGACACUCCAGUGAGCCAGAAGCAGCAUCGAAAGGAAAAUGAAGAUAGCAGCCUGCAUGAUUACCCCAAAGUCCCUCUAUCUCAUGCUGAGUCAGAGGCUGCUGCUUCACCUUCUGUCUCUGCUGUUAUUGAUGCUCUCCACCUGAGUGAUAUUGACUGGGAAGCUCUGUCCUUCACAUCCUCUCCAACUCCACAAGCGGCUGCAAACCACACCACACAGCCCCAGCUAAAUAAAGCCACAGACAGUCAUGUCAGGAAAACAGAGGGGGAAGACACAAAGCACAUCUCAGGUGAUGUCAAAGAGGGCAAUCUGUGUUACACAGAGUGUCCUCUAAGGGACAGGCUGCUCAUGGGGAAUAUGGCUAAAUCUAUGAAUCAGGUGCAGGUAUACAAUGACGUGGUACCAGAACAGCUAAACUAUGUGUUACCUACUAUUGAAUACAGUUCCAAAUUAAAGCCUGAUGGACAGGUCUUCAGAAAAGGUCACAACUACACUAAGUUGUCAGGGAAGGAAAGUGCUGUUCACAACAAUGAACCACUCACAUACAAGACUCAAAGUUCAAAAGAGCUGCUAAAGCCUACAGUACAAGCUCAAAAUAAGACAAAUGAAACAUCCAAUGGCUCCAAAAAGCCUCCUCAGAAAUAUAAAUUUGUCAGGACAGCUAUUUCAUCAUCCACUGUCCCACCACAGAGGUGCCACUCUGACCCGGGUCAAGGCACCAAGACUGACAUGACCGUUCCACAGACCAUCAAGAGGAGUGUUUGUAUGAGCGUGUGUUCAUCCAGCGAGGACAGCAAUGUAGAAAACCAGCAGUCCGGACCUCAAAGACAAACAAAAACAAAGUCCACAAACAAGAUCAAGGGCAGCUUUAGUUCAGACUUGCCCCUGAAACUAGUUUUUAUCCCUAAAACAAACAAGCCAGCUGCAAAAGCUUCUCACAGUCAUCAGGUAGCAUCUCAGAGCCACAGGGUCGAGACUGAAAACGGCACACCUGCAUCAGCUAAAACCAGAUGUCAGGAUGUCCCACCUGCUAGUGUGGAUGAUGAUGUGUUUCUUCAGGCUCCAGCAUCACCUAUCACUGUGUUAGAUAGUGACGAUUCAGUGAUCUGCAGUGAGAGUCCGCUGCCACUGGCUGAGAGACUGAGGCUGAAAUUCCUGAAGUGAGCAGCAGGAUGCAGAAUAAGGACAUGCAUUCGUUGAAAUUCUGUUCAGUAAGUUUUUUUCAAAGGAGCUGUAACACAUUGUGGAUGGUCAAGUCAUAAUUUAAGUCAGUUUUCAAGCACAGAUGCCAGACUUUUGAUGGCUCCAAUGUUAAUUACUUUAAGAUGUGAUUAUGGAGUGUUGAUAAGACAUUCAGGCAGGAAUCUGAUGGAUUUUCACUGUUUUUUAUGUUUUAUACACCAAAUACUUAAUCAAGAAAUCUGAAUCUUGACAUAAUGUUACACUGUGUUCAUAAAUGAAACUGAUUCUGUAAAAUAGACAAGGAAAUUGUGUACAGAGUUUUACGUAUUAAAUGAUAAUUAUUAAUGCAGCAGA